AUGACGAACGAUAUUAAGGGAAUACAAGCGAUACAGCCGGACUUGUCUGACAUCAAGGAAGUCAAGGCUGAACUGGUGAAUGUGAAGAAAAGGAAGCGCAGAACAAAGAAGAUCAAUAAGUUGACUGAUGGUCAAAUACGUAUAAAUCACGUGUCAUCAGAGAAGAAAAGAAGAGAGUUGGAAAGAGCGAUAUUCGAUGAAUUAGUGGCCGUGGUACCUGACCUACAACCGCAAGAGAGUCGAUCAGAACUAAUCAUAUAUUUGAAAAGCUUAAGUUAUCUAAGCUGGCUGUAUGAAAGAAAUGAAAGGCUGAGAGAGGAAAUCGUGACCAAGCGUGUGACAAGAUCUGGCAGCAGCAACAGCGGCGCUGUGGAACAGCAAAACGGAGACCUCUAUGAUCUGAUACCGAAGGAAUUAAUAUGGGAGCUAGGUAAUGAAAAAAAUGGUCAAUAA